GUGAAAACUUAUGCUACCCAGCUGCACAAAGACCAGAGCGCGCAGUCCAAGUCUCCUGGCGCUGAGUGCGCAGCGCCUGCACGGAUCACUCUCGUUUGCGAACCACGCCAAACCUGCUUAAAGUGCUGCUUUUUGAGUCCGACCUCCGUUUCUAAUCCGAUUUUUCACUGGUAGUCCUCCGUCCUGCAAACUUUACAAGGACUUGUGAAGACUGAAGCUGCGGGAGUGGUCUGGAAACUUUUUUUUUCCUUUUUUUUCUCUCAGACACCAUGAGCAGGCAAACGGUCAACCUUGACACCUACAGCCUAUCGCUUCUCACGGCCAAAGAGGACAUCCUCAACCCUCGAUCCUCCACUAACUGGGCGUUAUUUGCAUAUGAUGGGGUUACCAACAAGCUCAAACUGGCUGACUCUGGAGCCGGAGGAGUGGCAGAGUUGGCGGAAAAGUUUCACAUCUCAAAACCUCAAUAUGGACUCUGCAAAAUGAGCAGUGUAGAAGGAGCAGCGCCUGAGAUUGCUAUGAUAAUCUGGGUUGGCCAAAAUGUGGAUGACUACCGGAGAACAGAAUGUGUCAGCCACAUUCCAGCCAUCAAAAACUUCUUUAAGGAAGCACAUGCCUUUGUUGGUGCCGAAAAGCCAGAAGACGUGACAGAGGAGAAGAUAAAAGCUGAGCUCAGCAAGGCCCAGGCUCCUACUCCAACACAAUGGGUGAGAAGGAGCUCCAAGUCUGCAGAAAAGGAGGAGAUUGUGGGUACAAACUACAGAAAAACUAACGCUGCAAUGGAAAUGCGACUAAUAAACAGAGACUCCUUCUGGGCACGUGCAGAGCGUGAAGAGGAAGAAAGAAAAGAAGAGGAAAGAAAAAGAGCAACAGAGGAGAGACGACGCAUGGAACGAGAAAGAAUUCUAAAAGAGCGACGGGACGAAGAGGAAAGAGACAGAAAAAUGAACGAGAAACUUCAAAUGAUUGAGGAGCAAAGAAGACAAGAGAGAGAACAAGAGGAAGUGCUUCGCAGAAAGGAAAAGUUGAAAUGGGAGCAGCAGGAAAAGGAACAUGAACAUGAAAUGAGGACUCGACUUCAAAGGAGUGAGUCGAUAGAGAAAGCAGCGGAGGCAGCGGCUUUAGUGUCCCAGCGCUCCAUGAACCCGAGGGAAUUCUUCAGGCAGCUGUCCUCAUCUUCAUCAAGAAGUCCCACAAGUCCUGAAUCCCGCACAGGAAAACCAUUCAGACGGUACCAGCGCAGCCUGACAGACACAGCCUUCAUCUUCUCUAAAGCAGAGGAGAACUCACCCACCUCCCCACGCAGUUCUCCUCUGGUCUCCCCCUUCUCAAGGGCUCCCCCCUCCCCCAUUUACCAUGCCAUGUCUCCCCCCAAGAGCCCUGACUUUUUCCCAGUUACCUCCCCACAAAGACGUACAGCCCCCAUGUCACCACCCACAUCGCCCCUCCGCCCUGCGCCUCCAACAUCCGCCCUGCCCAGCAUCCCUCAGACUCAAAACCAAGUCCAGGCUGCUGCCGAGCCCACAGAACCCUCUGCACCACCGGCCUCCCCCACCCUCUUGGCUACUUUUCCCCCCAUCUCAAUAAACGAGAACCCCUUUCAGUUGCACUCAGAAGAUGAGCCAGAAGCAGCCCAGCGAAUCACAACUCUGACAGAGCGCUCAAGUUCAAACCCAGAGUCUGGUUCACCUUCACAGGUUCUAACAGACACUCCUUCUGGGAGCCCCCUUCUGGAUUCAGCAGGUAAAGCACACAUUGAUCUGGUCUCAGACACUGGCUUUAAAGUUCAAGCUGUCCUUGUGGAGGCGGACGAGGAGGAAGACGUGCCAGAAAAUGAGGACGACGAGCCAGAAGCCCUGCCAGAACUGUGUUCCAUUACUGCAGAAGUACUGCGAAAGGAGACAGAGGAGGUAGAAGAGGAGGUCGAGGUGGAGGAGUAUCAAGAUAAGGAAGAGGAGGAGGAGGAGGACCAGGACAAAAAUGACAAGAAGGAGGAAGAGGAAGUGAUGGAGUUAAAAAAGGAAACUGACCUUGUGUUACUAGAGGAAACAACUGAGCUGCCAGAUGAGGAGGAGGAGGCUGGGGAAGAUGCAGAGGAGAUGAAACAUUCAGGAGAGAGUCAGCCCCCCACUGAGGAUGAGGAGGAACCAGCGCUUACAGAUGGUGAACCAAUUUGUCAAAAUGUCAAACACGAGGCUGUAAUUCUGUCAAGCAGUGGGAUCACCAACGGAGACGGCUCAGAGGAGCAGAAUGGAACAGCGAGAUCUUUGAGUCCGUCCGACACCGAGGGCAGCACUCCCGAGCUGGCUGUGUGCUACAGUAUUCACACCACCAAGGAUGACGAUGACAUCAUCGAGGAUGAAAUUCAGGAGAUCUCAGAAAACGGACAAGAGGAUUCAGCUGAUCAACGUGUGUGCGUCCGAGCUCUGUACGACUACCAGGCAGAGGACGAAACCGAGAUCUCCUUUGAACCGGGUGACAUCAUCAAGGACGUGGAGACGGUGGACAAAGCCUGGUGGAGGGGGUGGAGCAAAGACGGCCGACAAGGCUUAUUCCCUGCCAAUUAUGUGGAGACCAUAUAGGCAGAUGUAGGCAUACGACACAACACACACACACACACACACACACACACACACACACACACACACACACACACACACACACACACACACACACACACACACACACACACACACACACACACACACACACACACACACACACACACACACACACACACACACUCAGGGACACCUUCUCCAGUCUUGUUUCAGCAUGUUUUUACCUUAAUUCUCCCACUGAGACUUUAUACUUUCUCUUUAGUUGAAAGAACAAAAAAACAAACAAAAGAAUAAAUUAAUUAAAUAAAAAACACGUGACUCCUUGUUUUGAAGAAAGCAAAAAGAAAAGUGUGACUCUCUGUUUUGAUGUUUUUUUUUUUUGUUGUUGUUGAGAAAAAACACAAGAAUGCAGAAAUUACCGAGCCUUAUUUUCAUGGAUAUAAUAGCAAAGACCUUUUCCUGGACCAAAAUAACUUAUUUUCUUUUCAGAUGUUGCAGAAAUGUUGAUGGGGGAAGAUGGGAUUGCGACAACCAAUGAUCACAAACUUUUUUUUAAAGUAACAUGAACAUGUUUUAAGAGCAGUGUUCUUUUUGAUCCACACGUAUAACAAGCGUAGCUCUGCUCACUAAUUGUAUCCACACACCAGGUAUCGUCUUAUAAUCAUCUUUCUGUACAUUCUUCAUUAUUUUGAUUGCUCUUGACAUUCUCCCAGCAUAGUUUAAUAACCCAAAAACAUAAAAAAGGUUAAAAUAAUGUUGACAAUGAUAUUAAAUGACCUGUAUAAAUCUAACUUUUUGGGUGGGCUGUAUUCUGUUGAUGUAUUGAUGUCCUGCUAUGAUUUUUGUGUUGAUUUUUGUAGCUUUUUCCUAGUUUUUAACAAUUGAAUGCAUUUUUUCCAAUACAUGUUGUUUUAAUAACCUGCAACUUCAAAAAGCACUACAAUGUAUAAAGGAAUGUAUAAAAAAAAGCAUGCUUUGCGCUUUUUCCUUUGUAUUUUUUUAUUUUUGUUUUGUUGCAUCAGUUUUAUGUAUUUACUCAAAACUUACAAAUAUAAAGCAUUUAUUGACCAAAUUGCCUUUAAA